UUUAUCCCACACACUUAUCUCUCUUUCUCUCUUCCAAAACCAAAACAAAGCACACAAAACAAAAUACAAAUUUAUAUAUCUCUCAUCUUUCGCCACGUAGACAUGGACGUCGGCCACAUCAAUAGACCAACGGUGGAUAUCUCACCGAGAAAGCUUCUUUCCUCCGCCAAGUCUCCGUCGUCGAGUCCUCUUCAAGACUAUUCUUACGACUCUGACUCGGAAGAUCCUUACGCCGGCGACCAUUUUCGUAUGUACGAAUUCAAGAUCCGACGGUGCACUCGUAGCCGUAGCCAUGAUUGGACUGACUGUCCUUUCUCUCAUCCUGGUGAGAAAGCUCGCCGUCGUGACCCUCGCCGGUUUCAUUACACCGGCGAGGUUUGCCCUGAGUUUAGUCGGCACGGCGGUGAUUGUAGCCGUGGCGACGAAUGUGUGUUUUCGCAUGGCGUUUUCGAGUGUUGGCUUCAUCCUAGUCGUUACCGAACCGAAGCUUGUAAAGACGGUAAGCAUUGUAAGAGAAAAGUUUGUUUCUUUGCUCAUUCUCCACGUCAGCUUAGGGUUCUUCCUCCGUCGCCGCCGGAGAAUUUUAUCUCCGGUGGAUCAGCCUCGUCGUCUCCUGCCUCGGUGUUAGGUCAUAAAAAUAACCGUUGUUGCUUGUUUUGUUCCCACUCUCCGACGAGCACUCUUUUGGGUUUAUCAAGAUCACCGUCUUCGUCUCCGCCGUUAUCUCCGGCUGAUAAAGCCGCUGCGUUUUCACGGCUGAGCCGCCGUCGCACCGCCGUGCUUAACGAGUUGAUUAGUUCUUUAGAUUCCUUUAGUCUCACGGAAGCUCUCGCAUCUUCCUCGUCGUCGUCUCCGGGUACCAUGCCAGUUUCCACGGCGGCGAUGAUUGCCUCAGCGAAUCUAUCCAACCACCGUAUUCCGCCGUGGCUUGACGUCGGAGACAGAGAUCUCCAAAUACAACAAACUAGUCCUCUACAAUUUUCUCAUUCACCUUCUUCUACACCAAGUUACCUCCACAGCCAGCUUCAGCCACCGUUAUCAAGCUUCUUCAGCGAUGACUUCACACCACGCGGUGGCCGGGUAAGCGAUUUCACGGCGGCUGCAUCUGCGGCGGCCGAAGCUAAAUAUAAGACUAGCUUCGAAGUUGGUUCUAGUAGUGAUCUUGAUCUCGGAUGGGUGAACGAUCUUUUGACAUGAACAAUGUGACGUCAACGGUGAACUAAACCUGACGGCAAGAAUUAUACGGCGGUGGAGCUCCGUCGUGGUACAUUGUUUAUUAAAUAUUGUUAUAACUUUUACGAAUUUUUUUCAUGAGAGCUAAUUAAAGAGUCUCUGUACUAUGUCGUGCUUUAAAAAUAUUUUUACUUUCUUCUUUUGUUAAUUAAAUAAGAGUCCAUAUGUAAAACUUCUAUUGUUAUAUAAUUUGAUCUCUUGGAACUUGUAAUAUUUACAAUAUUGGGAUCACAUUCCUAUGUAAUGUUUUACUUCGAAAUAUUCUGUUUAAUAAAAAAUUAUAUUGUAAUUA